UGGGAGGAGUUAUGCAAAUAUCAAAAUGCCUUGAUGGGUGGAUACUGAAGGGGAGGAGCCGGUACACCUGUGCAAGACUGAAGGAGAGGUGCCGGUACACCUGUGCAAGACUGGAGGGGAGGAGCCGGUACACCUGUGCAAGACUGAAGGGGAGGUGCCGGUACACCUGUGCAAGACUGAAGGGGAGGUGCCGGUACACCUGUGCAAGACUGAAGGGGAGGUGCCGGUACACCUGUGCAAGACUGAAGGGGAGGAGCCGGUACACCUGUGCAAGACUGAAGGAGAGGUGCCGGUACACCUGUGCAAGACUGGAGGGGAGGAGCCGGUACACCUGUGCAAGACUGAAGGGGAGGUGCCGGUACACCUGUGCAAGAGUGAAGGGGAGGUGCCGGUACACCUGUGCAAGAGUGAAGGGGAGGUGCCGGUACACCUGUGCAAGACUGAAGGGGAGGAGCCGGUACACCUGUACAAGACUGAAGGGGAGGAGCCGGUACACCUGUGCAAGACUGAAGGGGAGGUGCCGGUACACCUGUGCAAGACUGGAGGGGAGGAGCCGGUACACCUGUGCAAGACUGAAGGGGAGGUGCCGGUACACCUGUGCAAGA